AUGGAGUCGUCCAGGAUCUUCGUCAAGAACCUUCCGUCGACCCUCACCGAGGCAGAAUUCAGGAAGCACUUUGGGGCCAAUGGACGAGAGGUCACAGACAUCAAACUGAUUCCCAGGAGGCGAAUUGGCUAUGUCGGCUACAAGACCCCCAAAGAUGCGGCCGACGCAGUCAAAUACUUCAACCGAUCAUACAUCCGCAUGUCAAAAGUGGCAGUCGAGAUAGCCCGACCUAUUUCAGACCCAUCCCUCCCAACUUCCCGGAGGGCUCAGAGGAAUGAAGGGAUUGCCUUGGCCAAGAAAGCCGAGGCGGCGGCGACAUCUGUCUCAGAGGAUCAGCCUAGCUCCAAGAAACGGAAACGUGAAGAGCUAGACGAAUCCGACCCGAAGCUCAAGGAGUUUCUCGAGGCGAUGCACCCAGGCCAAAGACCGAAAAGACGCGAGGAUCUGGAAGACAAUGCCAUCACUCUCGACGAGCCCGUGCAGCCGGCCCCUCAGGUGGAGGCCGAGAGCGAUGACGAGUAUGAGACGAUACCGGCUCGACCAAGACAGACACAAAAUGAAGAGGGGCGGUGGCCAGAUGCGGGAACCUCGAGGAAUGUUGUGACGGACCAGGCUGCGGAUCCCGUCGCGGAUCCCGUCACGGACCCAGAACCCCAGAACCCGCAACAGACGGCAGAGCAGCAGCCCACUCAAGUGCGACAAAAUGACACAACGGACGACGAGUGGCUUAGGUCUCGGACGAAUCGUUUGCUCGAUUUGGUCGAUGCUGAUGAUCCAAACGUCACAGCGAACCCCUCGAUGAGGGUGGCAAGUCCGGAGCAACAUGAGACUCCGGCCAAGGUUGAAACCAAAGCCCCCGACGAGGGCCAGCCAAGCCUGUCAGAUGAGGGCAAGCAUGACGGGGUCGUGGCGGAAGCACCUGGAGAGGAGAGUGCUCUGGAACUGCUUCAGAAGACCGCGAGGCUCUUUGUGCGAAAUCUGCCAUACAGUACCACGGAAGAUGACCUGAGAGCCUUUUUCGAGACCUUUGGCUCGCUAGAAGAGGUACAUCUUCCUGUCGGGAGCGGAGGAUCAAGCAAGGGUUACGCUAUGGUUCAUUUCGCGGACCCUUCAUCCGCGAUAGCUGCAUUCCAGCAGGCCGAUGGCAAAACAUUCCAAGGCCGACUCCUCCACGUACUCCCCGCUAUGCCCAAGAAGGAUAGCACGCUGGACGAGUUUGCAAUCUCGCAGCUGCCCUUGAAAAAGCAGAAUCUGAUCAGGAAGAAGGCGGAGGCGGCGUCGACCUCUUUCAACUGGAAUGCGCUCUACAUGAGUCAAGACGCCGUCAACGCGUCCGUGGCAGAUCGAUUGGGCGUGUCCAAAUCCUCGCUGCUCGACCCUAGCUCGGCUGAUGCCAGCGUCAAGCAGGCCAUCGCAGAGACCUCGAUCAUCCAGGAGACGAAAUCGUACUUUGCGGCCAAUGGCGUCGAUCUUGAUGCUUUCAAAUCACGCCAGCGCGGCGACACUGCGAUACUGGUUAAAAAUUUCCCUUAUGGGACUACGCUGGAAGAGCUCCGGACCAUGUUUGAGGAGCAAGGCACUGUCCUUCGGGUGCUCAUGCCGCCGAGUGGAACGAUUGCUAUUGUCGAGUUUGCACAGCCCGCACACGCAAAGGCCGCCUUUGCAAGGCUAGCUUAUCGACGAAUCAAAGACUCCAUCUUGUUUCUCGAAAAGGCGCCCAAGAACAUCUUCAAGGACGUACCGCAGCAAAAGGUCCCGCCCGCGAGCGAUCGCCCCGCAGGCACCCAGAAACUCUCGGCGGCCGAACUGCUGGAACGUGAUGACACACACGAUCAGCUCGAGACAACCUCGCUAUUCGUCCGCAAUCUUAAUUUCGCCACUACGACAGACCAACUUGCUGAGGCGUUCAAGCCCUUGGAUGGAUUUGUCUCCGCCCGAGUCAAGACCAAGACAGAUCCCAAGAAGCCAGGGCAAGUGCUCAGCAUGGGCUUUGGCUUCUGCGAGUUUCGCACCAAGGAGCAGGCCAUGGCAGCCCUCAAGGUCAUGGACGGCCAUGUACUCCAGGCACACACUCUGUCUGUGAAGGCGUCCCAUAGGGGCCUGGACGCGGCUGAGGAGCGGAGACGGGAGGAUCGAGCCAAAAAGCUCGCGGGUCAGAGGACCAAGAUCGUCAUCAAGAACCUGCCAUUCGAGGCCACCAAGAAGGAUGUACGAACCUUGUUCGGCACGUACGGGCAGCUCCGUUCCGUGCGGGUUCCAAAGAAGUUUGGCAACUCUUCGCGCGGUUUCGCAUUUGCAGAGUUUGUUUCACCGAGGGAGGCUGAAAACGCACUCAACGCGCUUCGGGACACCCAUCUGUUAGGCCGCAAGCUCGUAUUAGACUUUGCCGAGGCGGAGGCAGUGGAUGCUGAGGAGGAGAUCGCCAAGAUGCAGAAGAAGAUUGGCGGGCAGGUGAACAAGGUAGCACUCCAACAGCUCAUAGGGAGGGGCCGGAAGAAGGUCAAUAUUGGAGGAGACGAGGAGGAGGACGAGGUAUGA